UUUUGCGUCUGUCGACUUUCCUGACAGGCCGUGAAGGCAGCCUUUUUGCGUCUAUCGACUUUCCUGACAGGCCGUGAAGGCAGCACUCUUGCGUGUGUCGUCAUCAGGGAAGCUUCAGUGCUCUCAGUCAGAUGCUCUGCAUGAAUGUCACUGCUGAAGUGAGAGAUGUCUGCUCUUUCUUCAGAGAUGGAGACCCACAAUUUAAACCUGACUUGUGUCAUAUGCCUGGAUCGGUUCCGAGUCCCUGUAACCAUCCCCUGCGGACACACCUUCUGUCAAAUGUGCAUUACUAUCCACUGGGACACAAAGAGCAAGUCUGACAUUGGACCUCAUUGUCCCAUCUGCAAUGAGAAGUUUCCCACCAGGCCCGUUCUCAAGCGUAAUGUGUCCCUGUCAGUCCUGACUGAGGCUGCAAACAGCACCGGCCCCUCCUGCAGAGAGCCACACAUGAGGGGCAGCGAAGGUGCGAGAGCCAUGCUGCUGUGUGAUCGCCAUAAAAAGCCUCUGGUUUAUUACUGCAAGCAGGACAAGAUGUCUGUGUGCUGCGAAUGUGGUAUCACUGAGUGCGUAAACCAUGAUAAGGUCUUGUUGGAGGUGGAGAGGGAAAAUCAAGAGCUGCUGCUGGAAAGGAAGAGUAAGGAGGUGGGGAAACUCAUUGAAGAGACGGCGAAAAGUAUCAACGAGUUGGCCGAGAAUAUCAACCAAGCUAAGGUGACUCUUCAGCAGACUUCUACCUGGGUGAAUGUCAAGUUCUCCACCCUGAUAAAAGUACUGUCUGAGAAGCAGGAGACGACAGAGCUCUUCAUCGAGGAGCAGAAAGAGGCCGCCAUCUCUGAGGCGGAGGCACGGCUAGCUGAACUAGAGGAGCGCGCUCAGAAACUCACAGAGAGCCAAGGCCAGAUAGCAGCGCUGCAUACCCUCCCUGAUACAGAGCUUAUCAAGGAAUCAAUGCUGGUAGAAGUUCCACGUUUCGAGGAGAUCCCCACAGACAUACCGCCCAACCUGCAGGAGCGGUUAAAUGGCGUCACAGAUGUCCUGUCCCGAGUCUCCAAGAUGGUGUCUGAGGACUUGGAGAAAGCUGUGAGCACCGCUGUGGGUCAGGACAAAGAAGGUUCUCCUCAGGACAAGAGGCCGAUCCUCGCUGUGGUUCCCAGUCCGGCUGCUCCGUGCCACCCUGGAGGGAAGGAAGGCCUCAGUGCUUACCGAUGCUCUCUGACCUUCGACCCUCGCACGGCCAACGGGCACCUGUUUCUGUCCCAGGAGAACAGGAGGGCGGAGCACCUGACCUCCGGGCCGCGCCCCGUCCCCGCCCAUGAAGCGCGCUUCGACCACACCUGGCAGGUGCUCUGCUUUCAGGGCUUCACACACGGACAACACUACUGGGAGCUGGAGGUGUCCAAGCCGUGGGCCUACCUCGGGGUGACCUACGAGACCAUCCCGAGGAAGGAGAAGGGCAAGAGGUGCAUGGUGGGUAUGAAUGAACUGUCCUGGAGCCUGCAGCUGGACGAGCGGCAGCUCAGCGCCUGGCACAACGGCCGGCGGGAGACGGUGGCCGGCCACUCCCAGCACAGCCGCAUCGGCAUGCUGCUGGACUACGAGGCGGGGACGCUCACUUACUACGGAGACGGGCAGACCAGGCUCCACGCCUUCCACUGUGCCUUCACCCAGGAGCUGUUCCCCGCCUGCUGGAUCGGAGAGGGGGUCAGCAUCACCCUCUGCUCCACAUGAGCUGACUGUGAAGAAGAGAAGCACUAUCAAACAUGGGCACUAGCUGACUCAACAUAGAAGACCCCUCCUCUCCCCUCCCCCUUAACUAUUUAGGAGGAUUUUUAAAUCUUUUUUUUUUUUUUUAAUGACUGACUUCUUAAUUGUUCUAAGCAGAAGAAGUGACUGAGAUGAGAUGAAACUUUAUUGAUCCCCGCUGGGGAAAUUCACUCGUUACAGCAGCUCAAAAUCAUGUGUGAUGGGCUUUUUCUCCCCAAAACUCGCCUCUUUGCUGCGGCUUAUUUGCAUUGUUAAAUACCAUAUGACAAUGAUGUUGCUAUGGAAACGGUCACAAACUCUGGUCCUGAAGAGUUUGGAGUUCAAGGACAGCACUACUUCA